AGCAGCCCCCACCCACCAUGGACCCAGACCCCCAGGCUGGCGUGCAGGUGGGCAUGCGUGUGGUGCGCGGCGUGGACUGGAAGUGGGGCCAUCAGGAUGGCGGUGAGGGUGGAGUGGGCACCGUGGUGGAGCUCGGCAGGCAUGGCAGCCCCUCGACCCCUGACCGCACAGUCGUCGUGCAGUGGGAUCAUGGCACCCGCACCAACUACCGCGCCGGCUACCAGGGUGCUCAUGACUUGUUGCUCUACGACAAUGCACAGAUUGGCGUGCGCCACCCCAACAUCAUCUGUGACUGCUGCAAGAAGCAUGGGCUCCGGGGCAUGCGCUGGAAAUGCCGCGUGUGCUUCGACUAUGACCUGUGCACACAGUGCUACAUGCACAACAAGCAUGACCUCACCCACGCCUUCGAGCGCUACGAGACGGCCCACUCUCGCCCCAUCACGCUGAGUCCCCGACAGAGUCUCCCAAGGAUCCCAUUGAGGGGCAUCUUCCAAGGGGCAAAGGUGGUGCGGGGCCCCGACUGGGAGUGGGGUGCCCAAGACGGAGGAGAAGGGAAGCCAGGUCGUGUGGUGGACAUCCGUGGCUGGGAUGUGGAAACAGGCCGGAGUGUGGCCAGUGUGACGUGGGCUGAUGGUACCACCAACGUAUACCGCGUGGGCCACAAGGGCAAAGUGGAUCUCAAGUGUGUGGGAGAGGCACCUGGUGGCUUCUACUAUAAAGAACACCUCCCACGGCUCGGCAAACCAGCAGAGCUGCAGAGGAGGGUAAGUGCAGACGGCCAGCCCUUCCAGCAUGGAGACAAGGUCAAGUGCCUGCUGGACACAGAUGUACUGAGGGAGAUGCAGGAAGGUCAUGGCGGGUGGAACCCCAGAAUGGCUGAGACGGGCACCGUGCACCGCAUCACCGACCGUGGAGACGUGCGGGUGCAAUUCAGCAACGAGACCCGCUGGACCUUCCACCCUGGGGCGCUCAUCAAGCACAACUCCUUCUGGGUGGGCGACGUGGUCCGAGUCAUCGAUGAUCUUGACGCAGUGAAGCGGCUGCAGGCUGGGCAUGGCGAGUGGACAGACGACAUGGCCCCUGCCCUGGGCCGAGUCGGGAAGGUUGUGAAGGUAUUUGGCGAUGGAAACCUACAUGUGGCAGUUGGCGGCCAUCUGUGGACCUUCAGCCCCUCCUGCCUGGUGGCCUAUCGGCCUGAGGAGGAUGCCAACCUGGAUGUGGCUGAGCGUGCCCGGGAGAAUAAAAGCUCGCUGAGCGUUGCCCUGGACAAACUGCGGGCACAGAAGAGUGACCCAGAGCACCCAGGGAGACUUGUGGUGGAGGUGGCCCUGGGCAAUGCAGCCCGGGCACUAGAUGUGCUGCGGCGGCACCCAGAGCAGGUUGACACCAAGAACCAGGGCAGGACCGCCCUGCAGGUAGCCACCUACCUGGGCCAGGUGGAUCUGGUUCGGCUGUUGCUGCAGACCCGAGCAGGUGCAGAUGUGCCUGAUGAUGAGGGCAACACGGCAUUGCACUACGCAGCUUUGGGAAACCAGCCAGAGGCUGCCAGAGUGCUGCUGAGCGCAGGCUGCAACCCUGAUGCCCUCAACAGCUCUCAGAGUGCUGCGCUGCACGUGGCAGUGCAGAGGGGCUUCCUGGAGGUGGUGCGGGUCCUGUGCCAGCGUGGCUGCAACGUCAACUUGCCUGAUGCCCACGCCGACACACCGCUGCACUGUGCCAUCUCAGCGGGCAUUGGCGCCAGCGGCAUUGUCGAGAUCCUUACUGAGGUGCCGGGCAUUGAUGUGACUGCCACCAACAGCCAGGGUUUCACGCUGCUGCACCACGCCUCACUCAAGGGCCACGUUCUAGCUGUUCGGAAGAUUCUGGCUCGGGCUCGGCAGCUGGUGGAUGCCAAGAAGGAAGAUGGCUUCACAGCGCUGCACCUGGCUGCCCUCAACAACCACCGCGAUGUGGCCCAGAUCCUCGUUCGAGAGGGCCGCUGUGACGUGAACCUGCGCAACCGGAAGCUCCAGUCCGCACUGCAUCUGGCUGUGCAGCAGGCCCACGUGGGGCUGGUGUUGCUGCUGGUGGAUGCUGGCUGCAGUGUCAACGCUGAGGAUGAGGAUGGGGACACUGCCCUGCACGUGGCGCUACAGCGGCACCAGUCGCUGCCGCUGGUGGCUGAUGGGGCCGGGGGGGACCCAGGACCCUUGCAGCUGCUGUCCAGGUUGCAGUCCUCUGGCCUCCCAGGCAGCGUGGAGCUGACCGUGGGCGUGGCAAUCGCUUGCUUCCUGGCUUUGGAAGGUGCCGACGUGAGCUAUGCCAACCACCGCGGCCGGAGCCCGUUAGACCUGGCCACUGAGGGGCAUGUGCUCAAGGCCCUACAGGGCUGUGCCCAGCGCUUCCGGGAGCGGCAGGCAGCUGAGGGCUAUGGCGGUGCGGGCACUGCGGCUGCGCGCCACGCGCUCAGCACCCCCAACACGGUGACCAACCUGCAUGUGGCAGCAGCGGGGCCUGAGGCUGCUGAGUGCCUGGUGUGCUCCGAGCUCUCGCUGCUGGUACUGUUCUCGCCCUGUCAGCACCGCACCGUGUGCGAGGAGUGCGCCCGCCGGAUGAAGAAGUGCAUCAGGUGCCAGGUGGUCAUCAGCAAGAAGCUGCGUCCAGACGGCACAGAGGUGGCGAGCGCCCCCCCUGUCCCUGGCCCCCCGCGACAGCUGGUGGAGGAGUUGCAGAGCCGCUACAGGCAGAUGGAAGAACGUAUCACCUGUCCCAUCUGCAUCGACAGCCACAUCCGCCUCGUGUUCCAGUGUGGCCACGGCGCAUGCGCGCCCUGCGGUGCCGCGCUCAGCGCCUGCCCCAUCUGUCGCCAACCUGUACGCGACCGCAUCCAGAUCUUCGUGUGAGCCGGCCGCUCCCGGCGCCCCGACCCCCAGCCCUGUGUUUUAUAAAA